AUGGCAGCGGCGGGACCCCUGCCCAUGGCAAGACCCCAGGCCGCCGUCACCUUUGAGGAUGUAGCUGUGCUGCUCUCCCAGGAGGAGUGGGACCGCCUGGGCCCUGCACAGCGUGGUCUCUACCGAAACGUGAUGAUGGAGACCUACGGGAAUGUGGUCUCUCUGGGACUCCCAGGAUCCAAGCCUGAUGUGAUCUCCCAGCUAGAGAGAGGGGAAGCGCCAUGGGUCUUGGAUGGGAAGGAGGCUGAGGGGAGAGAGCACCUGAGGAAUGGCCACGCAGGAUGA